GUGCAGUGUAGUAGGUGUCCCCUUUGCCUUGCAUUUUGCAUCUCACUCUCUCUCCAAUCAAUAUCCCUUAAACAGCUCCUUCAAUUUGCAAAUCUACUUGCUUGCUGCUGCGCCUGCUUCACACACACACGCACACACACAUAUGUAUGUAUGUAUAAACUGUUUUCAUCUGGUCCUUCAGUUACUUCUUUAAAAAGAGCAAUAUUUCUAAAUCUAAUUUAACUACAAUAAAUGUCCCUUUUUAUUUAUUUAUUUAUUAUUACUCUUCUAAAUUAAGCUCUACUCUUAGAUUCCAUUUGGCAUUUCCGGUACAUCUAGGAAAGCAUCUUCAAGUUUCAAGCUUUGGGUUUCUUUUCUUUUUCCUUCUUCUUUCUUUCUCUCUCUUUACAUUUGGGAAGCAGAAGGAAAAAGCAAAGAUGAAGCUUUUGUGGGUUUGGGUUGUUUUACCAUUUGCUUUUGCUCAACUGGUUACUGCCUUCUUUGAUUUUAAUGAAACUGAGCUGUCUCUUAUCGAGUCUUUGGAAUAUGGAGUCUCUAAAAUCAAUUAUAAUCCUCUCAUGGUUGGACUCACUCUUAUUCAUACUGCUGGUGCUAAAGGAGCUGUGUGUCUGGAUGGAACCUUACCGGGGUAUCAUUGGCACCGUGGAUAUGGAUCAGGAGCAAAUAGCUGGCUCAUUCAAUUGGAGGGAGGAGGAUGGUGCAACAACAUUAGAACUUGUGUGUACCGCAAAAAGACCAGACGCGGAUCGUCUACUUACAUGGAAAAGCAGAUACCAUUUACUGGAAUAUUAAGUGAAAAAGCCGAAGAAAAUCCAGACUUUUUCAAUUGGAACCGAGUAAAGCUUCGUUAUUGUGACGGUGCCUCUUUUACUGGGGACAGCGAAAAUAAGGGUGCACAAUUGCAAUUUAGAGGCCAACGUAUAUGGUUAGCUGCAAUGGAAGAUUUAAUGUCAAAAGGAAUGCGCUAUGCAAAUCAGGCUCUUCUUUCGGGGUGUUCUGCUGGGGGUCUGGCAGCAAUUUUACACUGUGACGAGUUUAGAGGCUUGUUUCCAAGAACCACAAGAGUUAAAUGCCUUAGUGAUGCUGGUCUAUUCCUUGAUGCGGUUGAUGUCUCUGGUGGUCACACAAUUAGGAGUUUAUACAGCGGCGUGGUUGGCUUGCAGGGCGUGCAACAUAACCUGCCGCGUAUAUGCACCAACCACCUCGAUCCAACUUCUUGUUUCUUUCCUCAAAAUGUAAUCAACCACAUCCGGACUCCACUGUUUAUUCUUAACGCAGCGUAUGAUUCAUGGCAGAUUCAAUCCAGUAUUGCUCCACCAUCGGCAGAUCCACAUGGUUAUUGGCAUGAUUGCAGAUUGAACCAUGCAAAAUGCUCUGCUUCUCAGCUCCGGUAUUUACAAGGCUUCCGGACACAGAUGCUUAAUGCUAUAAAAGGGUUCUCAAUGUCGAGAGAGAAUGGAUUAUUUAUAAAUUCAUGUUUUGCUCACUGCCAAUCAGAAAGGCAAGACACAUGGUUUGCUGAUAAUUCUCCUGAAAUUAGAAACAAGCCAAUCGCUAUAGCCGUUGGAGAUUGGUAUUUCGACAGAACCGCAGUGAAGGUCGUUGAUUGUCCGUAUCCUUGCGACAAAACUUGCCACAAUCUGGUUUUCAGAUGAUUUAUUUGGUUGAGUUACAGGUAGCAAGCAUGGUUAGCUCGAAUGGUUCGAGCACGCAAUUCAAUGAAAAUUAAACACAAAACAAUAAGAAGUAGAGGAAGGUUGCUGAGGAAAUGCGAAUGCAAUCAGCAAAUCUCCCAACUGCGAUGUCUCUGCAAAAUAGCAUAGCUCAUUAUUGUUGCUGUUGGUUUAUUCAUCUACGCUGCUAAAAGUUAAUGUUUGAUGAUGCAUGUUCGUACUUGUUAGCUAUUAUAUUCCCCCCAUUGAUAUUUGUUAGUCAUAUUGUUUCUUACUAUGUGUUGUUUCAUUUGACUUGGAUAUUUGUUAGUCAUAUUAAAAUCCCUUAUUGAUAUUCAAUUAAAAUCCAAGUUUGGCUAA